ACCCCCUGUGCCCUCAGGGGGGCACCCCCCAGGGGGUGGGAGGGUGGUCAGCCGUGCCCAGGAGAGGUGACGGGUAACCGCCUUCCUAUUUCCGCUCAGCCGAGUGGUGGGGUGUAUGUGUGUGCGCGUGUGUGUCAGAGCGAGCGAGAGCUAGGAGAGACACGGAGAGGGAGAGAGAGCGCAGAGAGAGAGGAGUUUCUGCCUCGCUCGCUCCUUCUCCCACACACCGGAGCCUUGGAGCAGGGCCCGUACUCCCGCCCCACUUACUUCCCCCCUCCCCCCCGCACCGAGCCGCGUCUCAGUCACUUGGGCGCAGCAGGUUGGGGCAGGAGGCUCCAGCGCCUGCCGCCUGCCUGAAAAAUGGUUACUCCGGCGGGGGAGCUUGCACUGAUCGGGCUAGGUAUUUUAUUAGCCGUGUGCCAGGCUUUGGAAAAUACAACAUCUGCCUUGAGUGCAGGUCCCCCUAUGGCAGCUGCAGUGGUUUCACAUUUUAAUGACUGUCCAGAUUCCCAUAGUCAGUUCUGCUUUCAUGGAACCUGUAGGUUUUUGGUGGAAGAGGAGAAGCCAGCGUGUAAAUGCCAUUCUGGCUACGUCGGGGCGCGAUGUGAACAUGCAGACCUUCUCGCUGUGGUGGCAGCCAAUCAGAAGAAGCAGACCAUCACUGCCCUGGUGGUGGUCUCCAUAGUAGCCUUGGUUGUCCUCAUUGGGAUCUGUGUGCUAAUACACUGCUGUCGGAUAAGGAGGCCUUGUGAGUGGUGCCGGGGCUUCGUCUGUCAGCAUGAGAAGCCCAGUGACCUCUUGAAGGGAGGAACAGCUUGUUGUCGCUCAGAGACAGUGGUCUGAGGGAAGGACUCCAGGGUUACAGCCAGUUGGACUGCUGCUGCCUGAUAAAGGAGAAAGGACUCUUCUAAAAGAAGUGCAUUUCCCAUGGAAGCAAGUAUUGCUGGGGACAUACUAGCAAGCAUUUUUUUUUCCUGCAUUGCCUCAAAAACUCCUAUGCAUCCUCUUUAUUAUUUGCUGGGCUUCCAGAACUCAUCAAGACUUCCAUCUGCUUGGGGUUACCUGGUGUGAACUGAGGAUGAAAAUCAGCAGACCACGUAACCCUUAAGACUGUGUUGUUGGAACUGGAUGACGGAUGGUCCUGGGAGGAACUGCAAAGAGGGUUGGCUUCUUGUUUACGUAGCAGAGUUGGGUACAGGUGUGGAGGUGUUUGAGUUUGGUGUAGAUGUGAGUGUGUGUGUGCUGCCAGGGACAAAUUUCAAUCCGAAGUUCUUCCUCUAUUUUUUCCCCCUCGUCUAUCUGUGCUUCAUUUUUGUCUUUGGAUGAAAUUGUCAAUCUGUACCCAUGACCCUCCUUGUGGUGUUUGGGAAUCUUACCUGGAACCAUGAGUUUCCUUCAAGUUGUUACAGUUCUGUCGCAUUUGUUUGAUGGGAGAAGGGGGCAAAAUGGGGUCACUACUUACAUUAUGGAAAGACAUCUAGUUCUAAGAAGUAUUGUCUUUUCCAGCUAUAGAACCUUUAACACUUUAACCCCCUGAGCCCUCUGGAUGUGUCCACCAAUAGAAAGAUAUUGUAAAUCCUCUAUUGAUCUUUUUUUUCCAAUGGUGGUCAUUUCUAAUUUAUUAAAUAGCAAAAGAGUUUCAUUUUUCAUCUCUUAAAUCAGUGUAAAACACACACACACACACAUACACACAUACACACACACAACCUCUUUAGAUUUUCUCCUUCUGCUGUUUAGUUACAGAGUAAAGUUAUAGCUCAAAAAAAUAUAUUUGCAUCUUUUGAUCAAGGGAGGCAUUUCCAGCAUCCUAAUCUUUAGUCUUUGGGGAGGAAGACCAUGGACCAUAUCACAGGAAAAAAAAAUGCACCACUGAAAUUUUAAAGCUGAGCUUUGAGACCCUAAGCCAGUCCUUCAGUUCAGUCUUAUUCCAGGUGGGAUAACUGACAAGUAGCAAACAGAAAGCUUAUCCCCUCUGAAGAGAGACCGAAUAGGCAGAUAGAUCUGUGCCUGUGUGUGUGUAGGAGAAGUAAGCUCUGUUAUGUGUAUAGAAAAUUACUCAUUUAUUUAAAAAAAAUAACAUGUUGACAGCCUCCUGGAGAAAUCUUCUAGGUUGUAUUUGGAAACUGAUGGUUAGCGGAACAUCCUUGAAAUUUCAGGCCAGAACCAGGAAAAGGAGAACCAGUCACUUACUUUUCAUGUGUAACUCAGUUUGUUGCUUUAUUUUAAAAUUGAGAACAUUUACCUUUCCUAUUUAUUUUCAAGUCAUUAACCAAAACAUUCUAGUGAUUUUUCUGUUUUCCAUUAAGGAUCAUUUUUAAAAAAUAAAUAAAUAAAUGUCAGAUAAGCCUCCUCCCCCCCUUCUAGGCCAGAUCUUCCCCUCAGAAGACAAAAAGUAGGGUACUUUUGGCUUAGGAUGCAGUUACCAUCCCUGAAUGAACAGUGGUAGAUAUCUUGUAUAUCACUAGACUUUGUUAGUUAAAAUUUCAAGAUAGAAUUAUAAUGAGUAGAUAUAUAUAUAUACAUAUAUAUAAAUUUACUGUACCAUAUACAAGGAUACUAUUUAUUCAUUAGUCUUUGAAAAAUGAGAGACUUAUACUUUUCAAUACAUUCUGCUCCUCAGAUCUUGAAAGGACUCUAUUAAAUGAGUAAAGAUAGUUUGAAAUUCUCCUAUCACAGACUCCUCCCUUGCCCUCAUUCCCUUUCCCUCUCCAGUCUCCCACCCUCAUCUCAGUUUACUCCUGUUUGUUUUUUUAAGAACUGAAAUAAUAAUACCGUCACCCAUGUCUUAGCCUUGGAGCAUCGAUUUUUUCCUUUAUUAGUGUAACUUGGAAUCUCUGAAAUUGAGGAUGAGAAUCCAAUCUGUUCUCUACCUAACCUUCUUAAUUCUCCAUGUGAUCCAAAAGAUAUGUAUCCUAAAGGCAGGACUUGGGGGAGGGGGGUUGGAACUUUUGCUAUACUGGGAGCUCCUAACUCCCUGCUCCUACCCUGGAGUUGUAAAAUAAAACAUCAGCUUCAAAUUUGCAGGUAAAGCACCCUGAGCCUCCCUAUGAGCCAUGAGUGUAUUGAGCUGUGGAACAACAAUGGCAUCUUUACUCAAAACCAGGCCCACAGGGCAUUUUGUUAUUUUACAUGCUUCCUCCCCGUUCUAGAAACAUGCUAGGAGGUUAAGACGUCUGUGCAGAGGAGAGACUCAUAAAAGUGCAGGUAUUUUUUUUAAGUUAUAAUUUGAAAAUAGACUUAUGAUAGUGUUUUUAACUUGGGCCAACAUUUUCAUUUUAAGGCAAAUUUGCCUUCUCAUAGUUUAACAGAGGCUAUUUGAGUUCUAUUUUCCUUUUAAAAUGUUUUUUCAAGUACCAAUAUGAAGUAUUUGUUUUCCAAGAUGGACGAACUAAAAUCUAGUCUGUGGGAUUUGGUGGUUUUGCUUGUAAGUAGCAUUUCCCUGUGUGUAAUUCUAUUCCCAUUAUCUGUAUGUUCUCUGAUGAACAUCUGCAUGCCUUCCUGGUAGCUGGUGUUAGUUGCCAUUCAAAGUCAGCCAUGUACAUUCAGGCAGUGAAACCAGGUGGAACUUUCAUGGCUCUCUGUAAAGGGGUUCUGGCUUGCAAUAAGUCAAUACUUUGAUUCUCAUUUCAUGCCAUUGCCCUCAUCCUGAAUCAUGAUAGAAUGUCCAUUCACCCCAUGGCUUUGAUCUAUCCCCUAGAUGUGCUAGCCUUACAAAAAGCACUCUCUAAUAAAUGCUUGUUUGAAGAUACCUGAAAAUGCUGUAGUAAAGAAAUGAUUUAGAGGAGUAAGAACUUGAGGCUUUUUUCAGGGAGAGGGAUUCAGAUGUCUUUCCUCUCCAUGACUCUUUAAAGAACCUGGAGUUGAACUAAUAGCUUUCUCCCCCAAUUUGAGUUCAUUAGUUGGUGAUUCCUUACUUAGAAAUGGGGUGGCUGAUGAGCAUUUGGCUAAUGUACCAUUUUGGGCAAUGAUACUUCUGUCUUUGACUGUAAAAAUGUUAUGUUGGUGUUUUCUCCACCAACUGGGUUAAAAUUUGUCCAUUCUGUGCCCUGCUGCCAGCCUCUACAGGUUCUAUACUACUAGUUUCGGAAGAUCAAUUAUCCAUUAGGGUUUUCUUGAGUUGAAUCCUCAAGGCCACUAAGCUAAUGCUUUGAACAGAAUCAACAUUUGGGUCCAUAGAGCCCCAAUAUCUGAUUUGGUUGGCUAAUGAAAACUUACCAGGCAAAAAAGGUCAAAGAUCCCUGGAAAGCAGAACCCAAUUAUCUAGCACAGACCAAUGGCAAAAUUUCGUCUUCCUACUCAUAAAAUAUGGUAUAACCCGAGUGAUGCAUUGGCCUCUUGACCCAGAGAGAGGUACCUUCUUUGGCACGUGGCCCAAGGAACAGGAUUGUAAUUUGACCUCAGACAGGGAGUUGGAAUAUUUAAGCCUUUUUCUAAAAGAUAAUCUGGAUAUAUAGGCCCAAAAAGGCUUUUGAUAGCUGACAUUUCCUGCUCCCACACUGGGCUUAAGAAGUCUGUCUUUACUGCUUCUUUUGGGGAGACUUUCCAUACUCAGUUGUAAGAAGGGCAUUGAAUCAAUAAGCUAGUCUUCUGGGGACAGUGUUUUCAGUGUGUGUAUGGGCUGUUUGUUAUUUACCCACACAAUGUUGCCAGGGACAGACAUCAAGUUUCCAGGCCUUGAUGUCUCCCACCCUGCCUAGCCAAGAGGGCUGGGAAUAUUCAAAGGCCUAGGGAGACCCAAGGUAUCCAUUUGCAGAAAUGAUGUAAGCACUUAUAUUAAUGUUUAAAUGUUCUCCAAGGCAAACCAUAGUUCUUCCCAAUAACUGAUGAAACCAGUCUUUCUGAAAGAUCCUAAUAGUAUCCAGACAGACAGAAAGACCAAUAGGUGCCCAAACUCAGAACUAAGAACUACCCAUUGUAACUUUUUACUAACCCAUCAUGAAAAUGUCCAACUUAUCAUUGUCUUUAUUAAGUUUAUUUAACCAGCCUGAUACUUUUUAGUCAUGGUUACUCUCUCUUCUGUAUAUGUUGCACUGAAAAAGUUAAUAUUUAAUGUUUUAAUUUAUUUUGUGUGGUAAAUUAAUUUUGAUCUCUGUAAUAUGUUAAUGUGAUUGGCAGUUCUUUUCCUCAAUAUCCAAGUUAGUUAUUUAAAGAGGAGCAAGUAAUAUAAAAUACAGUUGUUUGUGUUUUUCCAGAAAUGUGCACUGUGGUUUGAUUGUACUGUAUCUUGUUUUGAAGGAUGAAGGAAUGAACUCUUUUUUUUUUUUUCUAAAAUAUGACUGGGACUUUUUUUUUAAAUAAUUUUGGGAUAUCACUGCAAUGAUGUUGAAUUUUUACUGUACAAAUAUUAAUGUAAACAUAAGUAAAAUGAUCAUCACUGAAUUACAAGGAUUCUAAAAAUUGACAAGGAAUUCUGCCUGCUCCCUAGAAUCAAUGAAAUAAUUCUGGCAAAGGGGACUUUUGCCAACCACCACAUACUUCAUACCCAGCACUGUACUAACUCAUCAUGGGAGAAGUAUAAAACACAGCCUCCUGCCCUAUAGGAGCUUAAGUUGGGGAGACAAACAUAUAUGCGCACAAACAUAAGUGUAGACCAGUAGGAACACCCUGUCAUUAAGCAAAUAGGAGCAGUAUGGAAUGACAAGACACAGGUAAGGAGUUUGGACAUCAAAGAGAGUAACAUGAACAGUAGGAGUCAGGAAAAGCUUCUCGGGAAAGGUGGGAUAAUACGAUUUUUUCCAUUGUUCACUUCCCAAUUUAAUCAUACUAAGGAUGGUCUUUGGAUUUGAAAUAUUUCUAGUGAAUUUGGAGUCUUGGGGACCUGGGUGUGAAUCUUGGCUUUUUUACUUGCUAGCUGAGUGACCCUGCUCAAGUCACAUCACCUCUCUAGGCCUCCCCUGUAAAGGAAGGAGCUUAGACUAGAUUAUUUCAAAGGUCUUCUCUAAUAGUGGCUCUAUGCGCCUAUGAUUUUCUCCUUGAAGAUAUUCUAGAUAUUCUUCUGUAUUCCCCAAUGUCUCCUUUAAGAUAAAUAUAAAAAUAAGAGCUGGCUUUUUUUGUUUGUUUGUUUGUUUGUUUUCAAAAGGCAGCAUGGUCCAUUAGAAAAAGUUUUCAAUUUGAAGUCAGAGGACCUGAGUUCAAUUCCUAGCUAUAUGACCUCAGUCAAUUAGGGGUCAGGCUUCAAAUCAAUGAUUUUAAAAAUCUACAAAAUACUUUGAAAAUAUUGGUCUUUUUUAUGUAACAUCAUUUGGAACCUAAAGUUUUUUAGAACCACAGAAUGUUAGAGCUGGAUGGGGCCUUCAAGAUUAUUCAGUUCUAGUCCAAUUUGCCCUUCACCCCCAUUUUGAAGAGGAGAAAGCUGAGACCCAGAGAGACAAAGAUCCUCAUUUGGUCAUCCCAAAUGGUAGCUAUAUUAACAUGUUGAUUUUAUGCCCUCCACAAAUAUAACAAGCGUACCAUCCAUGCCCUCAUCAUCCAAGACGUUAAUAAAAGUGUCCACAGGGCCGGAAGUGGCCAAGCCAAAAUUUGAACUCGUCUUUUGAUUUUAAGUGUAACGUUUUCCUCUUGGACCCCUAGACUAUGAAGGGAGCUCCUGGCUAAGCCAGAAAACUUGCCUCUGGUAUUUGAACAUCUAACCUGUCUCUCUGCCCUCUUUUUCCUGUCAUCUUUAGUGCCUGGCAGUUGACCAACACUCUUACCUUGCCCACUUGUACCUUCCUGGUUCUUUGUCGUCUGCCUGUUUUCCAGCCAGCCGUUUGCUCUGACCUCCAUCUUUCUUUCUUCCAUUGUUGCCUUUGCCCACUGGGUCUUCAGACACAACUUCUUACCUGUUUCUUGCAGGCUCUAAUGUCACAAGGAAGGGGAUCUAGAAGCACCAAAGCCUCUGAACUCCCCCAAAACAACUGAGAACCAACUGGUUAGGAUGUUGGGAUCCAGUGGAAGAGAUCUUUUGGUUUUCACUCAUUGACUGCAGGCAGGCAAGCAAGCAAGCAGAAAUCAGAUCAAUAGGGAACCUAGAGGCAGAGCAAAAGCAUGUAGGACAGAUUGUAGGGAUCAAGACCUUGAUGAAUAAGGCAAAGUUCCGACUCAUCUGAGAGCUUACAUACUUUCUUUCAGGACAAAAAUCAGGCUUUGGUAAAAACAGGCAAAACUCCAAUGGAUUUUCCCCAGUUAGUCAUUGUUUAAGGAAAUAGACCAUUCAGAGUAAUGCCUCACAAUAAUACAAUACUACUUUACUUCGGUUUUAUUUUUUUUUCCUCUUUUAGAAAGAACUUUCCCAUUUAUUAUUUC